GCAAGAGUGUGGCAGCUCCAGCAGCAGCAGCGAGGGAGAGCCAGACGGACGGACAGCCCGCCGCCGCCGACCCAGCAGCCGUCACCGACAUCAGACGAGGACCUAUCCAACAGCAACUGCAGCACUGGCAGCUUUGCCCACCCAGACCCUCCCCCUGCCCCCGUCCCCUGCCCUGCCUUUCGAUUGAGGUUCUUCCCUCCAGCCGGCUGCCCUCGCCACAGACUCACAGCUAGCGCAUCAUGGUGGAUGUGACCAAAUGGCCCCUUUUCAGCCUGAUGGGGCCUCAGGAGCUCUCGGCGAUACGGAAAGCAUGCGUGUUUGGGACGUCUGCUAAUGAGGCCAUCUACAUCACCAAUGACGAUGAGGUGUAUGUGUUUGGGUUAAACUGCAGCAACUGCCUGGGAACAGGGGACAGCCAGAGCACCAUUGUACCCAAGAAGCUGGACUUUCUGAGUGGGAGGAAGGUGGUCAGCCUCAGCUACGGCAGUGGACCCCACAUCCUGCUGGCCACAGAGGACGGAGAGCUAUUUGCCUGGGGACAUAAUGGCUACAGCCAACUGGGAAAUGGGACAACCAACCAAGGAGUAGCUCCAGUGCUUGUGUCUGCCAACCUGCUCAAUAAGAAGGUCACAGAGGUGGCCUGUGGCUCUCACCACUCAAUGGCUCUGACUGACUCAGGAGAAGUGUAUGCAUGGGGCUACAACAACUGUGGUCAGGUGGGCUCAGGCUCCACGGCGAACCAGCCCACACCCCGCAGAGUGUCCAGCUGCCUGCAGAACAAGGUGGCUGUCAGUAUCGUCUGUGGUCAGACCUCGUCUCUGGCAGUAGUGGACAACGGAGAGGUGUACGGUUGGGGCUAUAAUGGGAAUGGACAACUGGGACUUGGAAAUAAUGGGAACCAGCUCACUCCCUGUCGACUUGUGGCUCUGCAGGGUUUAUGUGUGCAACAGAUUGUCUCAGGCUAUGCCCACUCCCUGGCACUAACAGAUGAGGGGUUGCUCUAUGCAUGGGGUGCCAACACAUACGGACAACUGGGCACCGGCAACAAGAGCAACCAGCUGAGCCCAGUUCAGAUCAUGGCUGAGAAAGAGAGAAUUGUAGAGAUCGCUGCCUGUCACUCCACACACACGUCAGCUGCUAAGACCCAGAGUGGCCAGGUGUACAUGUGGGGCCAGUGCAGGGGCCAGUCUAUAGUGCUGCCUCACCUCACGCACUUUACUUGCACUGACGAUGCCUUUGCGUGCUUUGCCACCCCCUCGGUUAUGUGGAGGCUUCUUUCCAUGGAUCAUGAUGACUUCUUGACAGUGGCUCAAUCUCUGAAGAAAGAGUUUGACAACCCAGAGACAGCUGACCUCAAGUUCUGUGUCGAUGGCAAAUAUAUCUGUGUCCACAAAGCAGUUCUCAAAAUCAGGUGUGAACACUUCAGAUCCAUGUUCCAGUCCCACUGGAAUGAAGACAUGAAGGAGGUGAUUGAAAUAGACCAGUUCUCCUACCCGGUCUACCGCUCUUUCCUGGAGUUCCUCUACACUGACAACGUGGAGUUGCCUCCAGAAGAUGCUAUUGGGCUGCUGGAUCUGGCAACAUCCUAUUGUGAGAACCGCCUGAAACGACUUUGUCAACACAUAAUCAAGAGGGGAAUUACCGUUGAAAAUGCUUUCUCCCUGCUCUCGGCUGCUGUGCGCUAUGAUGCAGAGGAUCUCGAAGAGUUCUGCUUUAAGUUCUGCGUGAAUCACCUGACCGAGGUGACCCAGACUGCCGCUUUCUGGCAGAUUGACGGCAACUUGCUCAAAGAUUUCAUUUGUCGAGCCAGCCGCUGUGGAGCCUUCAAAAACUGACCUCAACCCGAGGUAAUGAUAGGAGCAGAUGCAGAAUGUGCUGCGGGACUCCGGGAGUCAUGAGUUGGCUCCACGUACCUUCACAAACAGGUGGUGAAAUCUUUAGAUUAUCACCAUCACUGUCUAAUCUGUUAUUCAUGUUAUUCCAGACUUGAACCAGUUUGUCCAUUACAUGAGCCGCACAUACUGAAAUGACGAAAUAGAGCUGACAUGUAGCAGCAUCAUUACAGAGUACAGGUUCGGUAGUUGUCUGCCACGGUGCCGGACUGACGAUUAUUUUGCACAUAUUGUGUAAAAGAGGAUACAACUGCUUGAUCAAGUUGUUUUUUUUUUAACUUGAAAGACUUUUGCCUGUCACCUAAUAACACUUUACUAUUUCUAUUUUUCUGUUUAAAUGACCAAGUCACUUCUUUAGUGUUUGCACUUUUUUUAAAAAAGUUUUUUUUUCCUCUUUACUAGAAGACCACAUCAUAGUUUGGAUAUGGCAUCUGGAUUCAUGGUUCAGGUUGAGGUAUGAGGCUCUUUGCACUUGUAGAUGUCAGGAUAGAACGGGGUUCCUUGAAGACUGGACACUGACAUAUCGAGAAUACGGACUCAGGCAUCCAAGGCUUGAUUAAGUUUGUUCAGGUCAAAAUCCAGUCAGUGGUUAUUAGUCCCAGUGGCUUCCACAGCUGCGAUGCUAAGGUGUGAUCUUUUUUUCUAGGUUGUAAGUUGACCCAAAGUGGGAACUCAGGUUACAUGUGAGAUUCAUAACAGAGUGAUUCAAUCCUCAACCGUGGAUUUCACUUUACGUGGGUGGAUUGCAUAGGUUGGAAAGUGUUAUACUGUGCAGCUGCAGCUCCGUAACAUAAAGAAGAAAAAAAAAGCUUGUUUAGUUUGUCUGUUUUUACUGCACAAAACAGUUAUUUGGCAGUUAAACUUGCCUGGUUGCCAGCUGUAACAAAUGUAUGGAGCCACUAAAAGUCAGUGUAAGGCAAGUGGCCUUGGAGAAGCUCAGGCUGAGUCGGCCUGGACUUAGAUUUUUAAGGACACUUUUGCAUCCGCAUUACAUAUGCUGUAUGUUGAAAGCAAUAUUUUACAGUAUUAACGUUUAGAAAGUUGUUUGGUGACACCUGCACUACUACUGUGAGUAUUUUUAAGAAAAUACUUGCUCAUUUCUAUGCAGGAAUUUUCUAAUUUAAAACCAAUAAUGUUUUAUUGAUUUAUACUGAGUAUUAUGAAGUGCCAGUUACAUUUUGUGACAUCCGCAAACAAAUGAAUAAAAAGACUCUGAUCUGCUUGUGUUUUUCGGUAUUCAAAUAAUGUAUCGCAAUUAAACAGUUGAGAAAGAUGAGGAUUUUCAUGUAUCAUGGUAAUAUAAUAUAAAAAUAAAAUAAUUGAGUUUGACAGGUAAGUAUCUUCCAUUUUAAGUACAUUAAGAAAAAGCUGAGUUCAAUAUGAAGAAAUCAAAUUAACAAACAUUUCAUAAAAAUAUUACAAUAAAGUAUUUAAACAGUAUCAACACCUCCUUCAGGUGAAGGUUAUUCAGUUUAU